CUANCUCUCAACGUCCUCUCAGGCCCGAGUCGGGCCCAGAUUCCUGGCGUGCAUCCGUUCAUCAUGGCGGAUCAGGUGGAUGAAAACACGGUGAAAGAACUUCUACCGUUUCUCUCGUUAGAUGCUCGUGGCGAUGUAAAAGCAAUAGCACUAGAUUACAUCCUAGGGCUCUCUGGUUCUGAUAGUGGGAAGAAAUUUCUUAAGGAAAAUGGCGAGUGUUUGAAACGCCUCUUGGAUUUGACUAAAGAUUCGGAUUUAAGAACAUGUGGGGUUGCCUUUUCGGCGCUAGUGAAUUUAUCAGCGGAACAAGUGAUCGGGGAAAAGCUUUUACAAUACAACUUCAUUGAACAAUUUUUGGUCUACAUGCUUAAACCAAACAGCGAACACGCGGGAAAAGCAGCGAUGAUUCUUUCCAACAUCACCAGAACAGAAAACGGGUGUAGCGAGGUCUUAAAAGUCACUAAAAACUCAGCAGCUUGUGGCUUGUACAAAAUUGUAGAGGUAUUGUGCAAAGAGAACUACAAUCCUCACUCUAAUUUACAGUAUAUUGCGACCUUCAUCAAUAAUUUGACGCAGGUACAAGAAUUUCGAGACCUUAUUUUAGAUAAAGAUCGUUGCAUCAUCCAACGGCUUUUGCCUUUCACCACCUACAAUGCUUCAGUCAUAAAAAGGGGAGGAAUUGUCGGAACUUUAAAAAAUUGUUGCUUUGAGACAGGUGAGUGGAAGCGUCCCGGUGGUGGUUACAGUUUCUCCGCAGUUUUAGUCCUUUUUUUUUCCUCCCUAUUUUCUUUUUAUUAAUCAAAUAAAGAAGCAUAAACUAAAUUAAAGUUUAUGUGUCUAUUAUUAUUUAUUUGUUUUCAACAUAUUUGUACCUUACAUUCAAAUUAACACUAAAAGCACAUACCGGAGGGUAUUGAGGUUCAACCCCCCGGAGGAGGGGGAGGGGGUGGGGUACUCCUUGGAAUUCUUGGUAGAGGUGUGCCACCUGGUUCCCCAAAUCCUGACCCUAUUUGAGACGAAAACAUGUCAUUUUUCACACCCAUUUUCAGACCUGUUUCCAAAAAUCCAUACCCGUUUUCAGAUCCCGCAUAGACACUCAUUAGGUUGACUUGUGGCAAGUCUUCUUUGAUUAUAGAGUUUCUAAAAGGCCUUUAUUUUUGUUCCUGGUUGGUUAUGCGAUUUAAAAGGACUUUUCAUACCUGUUUGGCACGAAAUUCAUCGGUCGAAAAUUCUACAUGGGACGUCAUGACAAUUGACCAAUAGAACAGUGAAUGAUGUUUUGUAACGCUUCCGACACAGCAUAUGUCAAUCAUUUUUUUCCCUCAUGAAUUUAUAAUAUUAUUCAAAUCCAUUCAGGCAAAACAAGUCGACCUUGAGACUUUGUCACUCGCUCGGUCACUGCACGACCUCAUGCAUUGAAGCUCACUUCACUCACUUUUAAGAACUUAUGAGAGGUCGACUUGUAGUAAGUCUACUUAGAUUAGAACGCCAACAAAAAAGGUUUCUUAAAAUCCACUUCAAAUUCACAUAUUUCUCUUUCUUUUUUAUUCAUUUGAAAUUGAAAUGAUAAAUACAUUCAUACACUCCUGCAGUUUCCUCGAAAACCAUACCUGAUUCCAGACCAAAAUGGGUCUGAUGAAAACGGCGCAAAAACUCCUUUUAGGUGGCACAUAUAUUCCUAUAUGGCUUACAUAAGGGAGCAUCCCCCCUUCCCCUGAGGGUUCAACCCCACUAUCUCUGGAACAGCAACAGGUUUAUUAGCAAAAGAAAAGCUCUGAAUGACUGCUGCACAGUUUUUGGCUGAUUCCUUCACCAUCAUCAAAUGACAAAGGCUGUCAAACUUGACUGGAAUGCAGGGUGUUCAUUAGGCAUCGGAGAUCAGAGAAUUCUCAAUUUACUACGCAGAAUUCUCCGACUAAUGUUUGGUAGCUUAUGACUAUUUUUUAUUUAGAUGUGGAACCUGUUUCAAAAUAUUUCCCUGUGAUGUUACACCUUUCUCCCGCAACUAGGAUUCUUAAUGAAAAACCCCGGGAAUGGCAAUGCAAUAGCAGCUUUUGAUAAUCUCUAUGCUGGUCAUUUCAUCAAUAACGAUUGUCGUGAUUUCGAUUUCUUCAGAAAUACCCCUUGAGAGACUCACCCUUUUGGAAUGAAGUAACUGACUACUUCUCAAAUUUUUUUUUCCUUCAGAAUAUCAUGAAUGGCUAUUAAGUGAUGCUGUGGAUAUCUUGCCACACUUGUUACUUCCCCUUGCUGGACCUGAAGAAUUUCCUGAAGAUGACAUGGAAAAACUACCUCCUGAUCUGCAGUAUCUGGGUGAUGAUAAACAGAGAGAAGCUGAUCCUGACAUACGUAAAAUGCUGCUUGAAGCCCUACUACAGGUAGGUAAAAAGCCUGGGGGGAGGUACUUUAGAAGUGUACAAUGUGUUGCUGGGACCCUGUAACCCUUGGCCCAUACCAGACCUAGUUUGACUGAAGUUUUCUACCCUAAACUAGUCUAAACUCUCAAAAUCCCUCCCUAUCCUUAAGUUGCUAUUUUCUAGAAAUAAAUGAGGUCAAAACUUUCUUUGUGGGUAAACUAAGAUUUGCCAAUUUCAAUUUUUUGAGUGUCAGUUUCCUGUUUCCUUAGUCUAGACUUAGAUCAGUUUCCUGGAAAAUUAUGUCAUAUUCUAGACCCAAACUCUCUGAUUUCUAUACCUUAUCCCAGACUAAGGUGCAUGAAAACCAUACCCUUCACAGCGGCAAAUAUAUAUGGCAGUACCCUCCCCCCCUCCAAUCACACUUGUGAAAUCAUGAUCCUUGAUAUGCUGAAGACUUACAACAGCUUUUACAUUUAUUAAUUUCAAUAAAUUUAAAAUCAUUGAUUUUAGAAUCAUUUUAAAGGCAGUCAUUACUGAAUGCGUGAAUGAGGCCAAAUACUGGUCUUGUUCAAAGAAUGAUUCUUUUGGCUCUAUUUUUGCAUUUUAAUACUUUUCAUCUACUGCUGUGUAAUUCCAAGAGAGCAUGUACUGAAACUAACUAAACACCACAAAAGCUAACUAUUCUGAUUAUUCAAAAUGGUCUCUAAACAGCAUGUCAUUUGUGAUUUGAAGGAAAAUAGGAUUAUUGUUGACAGUGACUGAUUUUUUGACAGUUUGUGCAGAAGACAUGAUCACAGUGAAAUUUAGUUGUAUUUCAUCAGUUGAUGGUAUCAAUCUCUAGUUAUUGACUUGAUUGCUGCACCUGCAGAGGUCAGGGUUCCAAUCCUAGUAAGCCUGAUUUUUUCCAGGUUUUCUUUUGCAACUGCCCAAGUUGAGUCUUAAACAGCGAUGAUUUUCUUUGCAUUUAUGUUGCUGUAUUUGGCAGAAUAAAUGAGUCAGAUUUGUUCAGUUAGUCUAUCGGUGUUAGUUUUUCUUGAGUUUAUGAAUGAGUUAUUAUUGAAAAGCUCAGGCGUCAUGCUGGUCUGACUGUAUCAGUCCACCUCGAUUUUAUUUGUAGCUUUGUGCCACCAAACUUGGAAGAGAAACAAUGAGAAAGAAUAAUGUUUACAUUAUCCUCCGCGAGUUAGACAACUGGGAAGAAAAUGAACAGGCAAAGGAAGCCUGCCUGAAAGUGAUUCACGUUUUGAUCGCAGACGAACCUCAUCCAAGCAGGCAAAACCUGAAGGAAGUCAACAUACCUGCUGAUAUAAAGUUUGAUGAUGAGCUUGAAACCAGCCCAAAAAAAGAUCAACAAUAA